CAAACCAAAGAGAAUCCUCUUCUCUGCAAAAUCGACCAUUUCACUUUCUCGGAAUCGCAUCUUCUUCUUCAAUCACUCUCUCCUGGUUCGAUUUUUUUCAGAUACGGGUGUGAAAUAUCAUCUCUCCCAACAAUGUCCAUCAGGAGGCCUCAAAUCCCGCGGCUUCUUCUUCAAAACGUCUCUUGUAUGAGAAACGCGCAGCAGAUUCUAAGACAUGUGAACGUAUCUCUUCAUGACGGUGGUGCACUUGUCUUAACUGGAACCAACGGAUCCGGUAAAUCAACCUUCUUGAGAAUGUUAGCCGGAUUCUCAAAACCGUCUGCUGGAGAAAUCCUCUGGAACGGUCACGACAUAACUCAAUCGGGAAUCUUCCAACAGUACAAACUCCAACUCAACUGGAUCUCUUUAAAAGACGCCAUCAAAGAGAGAUUCACUGUACUCGACAAUGUCCAAUGGUUUGAGCUUCUCGAGAAUAAAAUCGGCAAAGCACAACCGGCAUUGGAGCUAAUGGGUUUAGGGAGGUUGGUGAAAGAGAAGUCAAGAAUGUUGUCAAUGGGUCAGAGGAAAAGGUUGCAACUUGCAAGGCUCCUCGCUAUCGACCGACCGAUUUGGCUUUUGGACGAACCAUCAGUUGCUUUGGAUGAUGAAGGAGUUAGAUUGCUUGAGUAUAUCAUUGCAGAGCAUAGGAAAAAGGGAGGGAUUGUGAUUGUUGCCACUCAUCUUCCUAUUGACAUUGAAGAUGCUAUGAUCUUGAGGCUUCCUCCUAGGUUUCCAAGAAAAAUGACUUUGAUUGAUAUGCUUGAUCGUGCAGACAUUUCUUAGUAGAAGAAUCGAAGGGUGUUUUCUUUUGAACCUUGUGUAAUGCGAUAUGAGUAUUCCUCGAGCAGAUUUGGUUAAAGCAUUUUUGGUAAAUCUAAAGUCAAAAAUUUCAUGUAA